UCUUUUUGACUUUAUCUUAGCAUUACAUUGAUGCAGUUAUUACAAUGGGUGCACCACAAAUUUCGGCACGGUGGCAUUGAGCCUUUCAAGGAUCUCACUAUUGGGAACCCUUGUGUUUGCCUUUCAGCUCAGCCAUCACUUGAUGACCAAGAUGCCUAUAUGAAGUCAAGCUUUGGCUCCAGAUACAGAUCUACAUCCUUGGAGCCACCUGCACGGGACCAAGAAAAAUCUUUUUCUGAAUCUGAAGCCAAGAGAGAAGAAGAAACAUCUGCUAUCAUCUCAGAGCUUUUUCCUGGCUUUCUCACCAUUGGAACUCUUGGCUCAGAGUCAGGUAUCAAUGAGCCCGAAACACCAACUUUUGGGACGACUUUAGAGAACUUAACUCAGCAAAAAGCAGAGGUGACUGAGAACGACUUGAAGCUAAUCAGAUAUGAGCUAGAGAAGUUUCUUGAGGCUGAGACAAAGGAAGAAGGGGUUCGUGUAUCGUCAGCAAGGGACAGUCAGGCUGGCUCUGUUACACCCAAUGCAAAGCAAAUGGAGGAGUCCGAAGAUGAAGAGUACUGGAAGGAUGCAGCAUGUCCGCUCAAAGGAUAUCUCUUUGGGUCCUCAACUGAAUUACCAGAAACAACGGAAGCAAAGAAAGAAAAGGCAUCACUGCAAGAGCUGUUUGACAGGACCAAAAUCACAACUGAUUAUAAGGAGAAAAGUGAAAGUGAGGAGACAGAAGUCAAGUAUAAGCAUAAAUCUGCCAUGCGGUUCAUGAAGAAGAUGAUUAAAAAGUUCCAUGCUUCUUCAAAGACCUCAGGUGGUGAUGCAACUGAUUCUGUUUCCAUCAAGAAGAAAUGUGAUGAGGCAUCUGAUUCUCUUUCAACCAAGAAGAAACCACAUAAGGUCUUACGCAUGUUCCAUAGAACGAUCCAUCCUGAAAGCUCUAUCGCUGCUAGAGAAUUCGUCAAGUCUGAGAAAUACAAGAAGAAGAAAAUUUUCAGUGCAGAUAGUGGUUGUAAUGAAAACAUGAUGCUCAAGGGUGGAGACAACAGAAGGUUCCCUGAAGGGCCACUGGUAAAGGAGGGGACUGAAAAUUGUAAGAAAUACAUGAACUUCCCCCAAUACAGGCUGAGUGGCAGCACUUAUGGGAAAAGAGGAGAGCACUGGAUUAAAACAGAUGCAGAAUGUAAGUAUUACUUUUUAUACGCCGAUAAACUUUGAUUUAGUCCCUAAGCAAAUCGAGUACAGAACACCAAAAAUUCGGGAGAACAAAAAGUACAGAACAUCUAACAAAAAGUUCAAACUCUACCAUCAGCCUUCUUAAAAAAUAGAAACUUUAAAAGAAACCACAAUGAACUGAACCUAUAUCCUUAACUCGCUGGGCUCUAUCUAGUCAUAUCAUAGCAAGUUUUUUCACAUAUGCACCCCAUUAUGCAUUCGAGAUCUUCAAAACUGAGCCUACUACGAAUACAUUUAACAGUU